CGACUAAGGUGAACGGCAGCUGGCGGCUGCGCGGCCGGAAAAGCCGGGCUCGGAGGGCCGCGCAGGGCGCCGCCAUGACAACCGGAUCCGGAUCCGGAUGCGGAAAGGUCGCGUCUCUUCUCUUUGAUCCCACGCCUGCUCCGGCCUCCAGAUGCAGGCGGCUCUGGAGGUUACUGCUCGGUAUUGUGGCCGGGAGCUGGAUCAGUAUGGCCAGUGCGUGGCAGCCAAACCUGAGUCAUGGCAGCGGGACUGUCACCAUCUUAAGAUGAGCAUUGCUCGGUGCACAUCUUCCCACCCCAUCAUCCGGGAGAUCCGCCAGGUUUGCGCUGAGCCUUUUGUGGCCUUUGAGGAGUGUCUUCGGCAGAAUGAGGCAGCAGUUGGCAACUGCGCUGAACAUGUGCGCCGCUUCCUGCAGUGUGCUGAGCAGGUGCAGCCGCCAAGUUCACCCACAGCUAGAGAGCCACCACCACUUCCUGCCUCCUGAAGACCCUCUGACUUAGGAAAAUUGGACAUGAAUGACUGGACACUUGAUGCCCUUGCCUGUCAGACUAUUUGGAGUCCUGAGAGCCCUGGGGUAGACCUCGCUUCCCUGGAAAUCAGGACUUCCAAUAAAUAAAGUGUGUACCAGGUUGUGA